GUCACCACAUCAUAGUCUGGGUGGUACAUGGGCUUGCUUGGGGCUCUGGAGGUGAAGGCAUAAACCUGAGCACCCCACUCCCCAGGCUGGGCCUUAGCAAAACCCCAACCCUUUCAGGCACUCUGCAGCUCUACACUGCCCUGCUUCAGCCCCUUGUCCCCAGCAGGACCCCGGCCCCCAGCCCCAGAGUCCACUGAGGAUGGGUGUCACACGAUGGGGCACUGCGCAUUGGCAGAGUACCCCCAGAGGUGACCCCACAUGCAGUGGUGUUUGCAUAGAGCAGGGAACAAGGCCGGACUUUGGCCCCCAGCCCCAGCAUCAUUUGGAUGGAAGCAGUGCUGGAGGUGCCUGGUUCCAGCAGGUCUACUCUUGCCCCUGUUUGCUGGGUUGCUUCAGAGCAAAUAUUUCAAAGCCCGGAGUCAGCAGCCAGGCAGGAGCACACAGCAGCCUGUGCACUGGACACUCUUCUGCUCAGAGCAGGGGGUCCAAGACCUGCACCGAGAGCACUGGAGGAAAAAUGGUAAAAGAAAUACACAAAGCCACGGAGCCUUUGGCAUUUUGUAGGGAAGUAGUUGCUCACAAUUUGCAAUCAACCAGCCCACAUCCCAGGAGCGCUCUCUGGCCUGGGCAGUCCCUGCUCUGCUUUCCCAUUCUCCACACAACAGACCCCUCACCCCCCACACAAGGAUUUUGCUCCGUGAUACAAAGGUCAGAUGGGAGCAAAGGUCAGCUCCAUCCCGAGAAGCCCACAGAGCAAACAGUGAGGGCCCAUUAUCGCUGGGACAACAACACACACCAACACACCAAUAAUCUGCCUACUGGGAGAUGCUGGGGGAGCGGGGAGGGCUCACUCAGUCCUAGGGGUUAAGGUCAGGCUGGAUGGCUGCAGUCCAGCUGGUGCAGGGCACGUGCAGCAGUCAGGUGAUGGGCACUCACGUCAUCCCCCAGGCAUGCUGCUGAACCUCCACGUUGUAUUUACAUGGAGUGAGGUCCAAAAAGCCUACCCCUGUGGAUGCGCUUAUCUCCAAGCUCUUCUGCCGCCCGCAGAUGGGUAUAUAAAGUGAGCCCGUGCCUGGCUGAAGCAAGAGGUGACAGCAGCCAGGUGCAGGGCAGAGGUGCAGCCUCGCUGUGCUCCCCAUACUGGGGACACCUGGCCUCUGGCAGAACGUGUCUGACCUCGCUGGGCAGCCCCACACAGGAGCAGCACUACUCCCGACCCCAGAAGUGAGGUAAAAUUGGGGAGUGAAACAUAGGGACGGAUGGCCCAUGGGACAGAGACCUGCACCGUGGCAUGAAUUAAUGCUCACCUUCUCUCUUUAUCCUAUAGUGUUGCAGCUUGCUGGCCCAGCAGAUCAUGUCACUGAAGGCUGCGCUUCUGCUCACCCUCCUGGCCACCCUGCCAGGUUGGUGUCUGCGUGGCUCCAGGCUGCCUGGUGGCACGGGGAUGGGGUGGAAAAAGGGUAUGGGGGAGCUCUGGCAACAGCCACCGCAGAGCAGAGGUGGCCACGCUCACAUGGCACAGCUGCUCUGGCCCCGUGAUGGGUUUCUGAGUUCCCUUGAACCUGUGCCAUGACCGCCGUGUGCUGACCUGCUCCCAUCCUCACACCACCUCGUGACUCAGAGUGAGUCAUCAGCAGGGCAGCUGGUGGCUGCUGUGGGCACAGGGUCCUGCAGGAGCACAAAGCCCCAGCAGCCACGUUCCUCAGCCACUUCAGGGGUGGCUUCCCAGGUAACACAGAACUGGUAGAACACGUGAUGAUGCCCAAGAGCAUCCCCACUCCACACCCACUCACCACCCCAUCUGCUCUGUGUUUUCCCAAGCUUUGCUCUGUAUCUCCAGCUCUAUGGGCUGCUCCAAUAACCACUGCUCUUCUCCUUGCAGUGUCACCAGCCGAGCUGGCACAGAGUGGCUUCUGGGAUUACCUCAGCCAGCUGACCAGUGACAAGGACAGCCUAGAGCAAGCACAGGGCAGCAAGCUGGGCAGGGAGUUCAUAAAUCUGAAGGAAAGCCUCCAGGAUGGGGUCAGCAACGUGGGGAACUUCCUUGAGAAGCUGGCGCCUCUCAACAGAGGCAUCCAGCCACGGCUGUACCACGACUCUGACAGCCUGCGGAAGCUCAUCAGGAAGGAGCUGGAGAGUCUGAGAGUGAAACUGUCCCCUUACGUGGACGAUGUGCACCACAGAGUCGGCAAGCACCUGGAAGACCUCCGCUUUCAGCUGCAGCCCUUCACUGAGGAGCUGCUGGACCAGGUGUCCCUCCGUGCACGGGAGCUGCAGCGCCACCUGACUCCCAGCCGCGACGUGACGGCUCAGCUGCUGGACGGAGUGGAUGAAGUGCAGCGUUUCAUGGCUCACUACGCCGAUAAGAUCGCCUUCCACACGGACCAGGUGAAGGACAUCUUCCAGCCGUACGCCGACAGGCUGGUGAGCGAGAUCCAGCGCUCAGUGGAGGAGCUGCACAGGAACGUGGUCCCGCACAGCCCCGCCAGCCCGGAGCAGCUCAACCAGCACAUCCGUGAGCUGUCCGCCAAGCUGACGCAGAACGCCCGGGAUCUGCACCGCAACAUCCAGCGCAACCUGGAGCAGCUGAAGGCCAAGCUCAGCCUUCACCCCAGCCGCCCUGGGGAGCGCUAUGCCGAGGAGAUGGCCAGCGAGGUGCAGCAACGCAUCGAGGAGUUCCGCAGGGACACCUAUCUCCAGAUCCAGGACUUCACGCGCGCCGUGCACCAGGAGACGGAGGACAUGAGGCUGAAGCUGUCCUCCCGGCCCCACUACCCGGAGGAAGCCGCGGGCAGCCCGGCCCCGCUAGAGGACCUGCGGGCCAGCCUGGACGCGCUGUGGCGGGAUCUGUCGCACAGCCUGAGCGAGCGCGGCGGGGACGCGCCCUGACGGCCGGGCGCGGGGAACAGGG